AUGGUGUUUCUUGUUCUCAUCCAUGAUGGCCGACAAGCUGUGUCAAUGCCUCCCAACCCAUUGAUGAAGUCUCUGCGGUAUGCUGUGACAACCUCUUUUGGCAGCAUCUGUUAUGGAUCACUCUUUACAGCUGCUAUUCGGACAUUGCGGUGGGAGGUCAAAGAUUGCGGCAACGAAUGUUUGCUAUGCUGUGUUGAUUUCCUUUUUCAUCUGGUGGAGACUCUUGUUCGGUUUUUUAACAAGUAUGCCUAUGUCCAGAUUGCAGUUUAUGGGAAAAACUUUAAUCACUCAGCUAGAGAUGCUUGGGAAUUAUUCCAGUCAACUGGUGUAGAAGCACUCAUUGCUUACGAUUGUUCGGGUGCUGUCCUCCUGAUGGGUACUCUUUUGGGUGGGCUUAUCACUGGAACAUGUGCUGGAGUUUGGACAAGGAUUAAAUAUCCUGACAGAGUGAUUAUGGUGGGGUCUACUGCCAUGUUGAUGGGAAUGAUCUUGGUCGGAUUGGCAAUGGUCGUGGUGGAAAGUGCCGUUACAUCUAUAUACAUCUGUUAUGCGGAAGACCCGUUGUUAAUACAUAGAUGGGAUGCAGAAUUCUUCAACACAGAUCUCUGA